CAGUCAGCUCCAGUGAAGUGUCAAAGUCACUAGAACGGUUGACCAUAGGUAUAUUUUGAGGUUACGAGAUUAUUUUGAUUCAUAUUUACUCAUAAAACUUUUUAAGAAACAAGUGUAUUUCUUGAACAUUGCUGUCAUUAUAUUUAUAAACAUUUCUUCUCAAAGAAAAAUGGAGUUUAAUGUCACUUUUAUAACCGGUCUAGGUUGCGGUAUUUGCAUCGGUUUAUCGCUAUUUGCUUUAAAAAAAUACCUUGGAAUGUUUUCUGACACCAGUAAAGCUAUAAAAAAGUUUGCAUCAAACUCUGAAUACAAACUAGUAUUAGUUGUAAGAACAGAUUUAAACAUGGGUAAAGGGAAAAUAGCUGCACAGUGCGGUCAUGCAGCUGUUGGAGCCUACGAAAAAGCAUUAAAAAGGGAUCCAGACGGUUUAAAACUAUGGCGAUUGACUGGCCAGGCAAAAAUUGCACUUAAAACAGACUCAGUAGAUGAAAUUAAGCAAAUAGCUGAUAAUGCAAAGAAGAUGGGCCUAGUCACGUCAUUAAUAAGAGAUGCAGGCAGAACUCAAAUUGCACCAAACUCCAUCACUGUUCUCGGUGUGGGUCCUGCACCAAAGGAUGUUAUUGAUAAAGUUACUGGACAUUUAAAAUUGUUGUAAAUAUAUACUUAAAUAAUGA